AUGCCUCUAUCGAUCACGUUUUUCUUGCCGGUUGACUAUGUGAAGCAUAAUCUGGCUAGCGACAUUUUUGGUUUCACCAUAAAUGACAAGACGAUUCUCGUGUUGUGGAAAUCGAACUACUGGAGCACUUUCUUGCUCACAUGGCUUCUUCUUCCAGUACUCCAAGAGUUUUAUAGAUCAGGGCACUACCAUAGACUCCCAAAACUCAAAGACGCCUUCAGGGCCCACUUGAAGUUUCAAGCAAUCGUGCUUUUGGUAGGAAUAGCCGGUGCUAUUUAUUUGAUGCUCGAGGUUGGUUUCUCUUUUGGACACUUGAAGUCAAUGGUGAUUGCCUUAUCUCAUAUUUACGCUUUGAUUUUGGCUCUUUGGCUUAUGGCUCACGGCUUGAUUGCCAUUCCACGCAACCGUUGGGUCGAGGGGAAUCUCAUGCAAAACAUCAACCACCAUUACUUGAAGGUGCCCCGAUUAGUAGAUGCUCUUGAAGACAGCAAAAUUUCACUUAAAGAAGAGGCGCUUAAGGUAUUGGUUUUGGAAAAAAAUUAUACUUCGUUGACGGUGCCUGAAAAUUUCGAGUUUAGAGACUGGAUUCUCCAUCUCUCGAAGCAAAUACCUGAUGACUUGCGCGAGAGUAUUUCUCGGCACUACGUCUACGACCUGUCAAAUGCUAUCACAAGAAGCCAGCUUAAUGAAAAUUUCAUGAAAAAUCUUACCUACAACUUCCAAAAUCAUUUAUACAAGCUUACGGCAUACGAGUCUGAGUAUAGCACUUUGCUAGAGCAGAUAAGUCGCCUUCAAACGCUCAUCGACGCUAAAGCUGCUGAAAACCCCGCUGAGCGCAAUCUGUUAAUUCGAAGUCUAAGACUCACUCCAUUCCCACCAACCAUUGAUUAUUAUUUUCAGUGCUAUGUUAAACCAGCGGCACGCAGAACGCUCUCGGUGUUCCUUUUCACUGUUUCUUUUGUCAUCAUACAAUCUGAAUUUUUUCAUUCUACGAAAUUGUCCCUCAUGAAUACGUUAGUAUAUCAGACUGGAAUUCACAAGCAUAACUUCUUGCAAGCUACUUCCUCGAGUAUGAUCUUUCUGUACAUGUUGUUCUGCUCGCUUAAUUCGCUAGCAAAACUCAAGAUAUUUAACAAGUAUCAUUUGGUCCCAAGAAAUUCUGAUCCCGUUUCAGCAUCCUUCUAUGCUUCUUACAUUGCAAGAUUGACCAUUCCCUUGUCAUACAAUUUUAUCACACUUUUUGCAAGCAGGGACUCGAUUUUCGAAGAGUGGUAUGGUAAAUCAAUUCAUCUCACAGGCUUAUUCAACUUGAUGAAUAACUGGAUUCCACGUCUUUUACUCAUACCCAUUGUCUUGACUACAUUCAAUGUGUACGACAUUGUGAAAAAAAGACUUGGUCUCCUGUCUGAUUUCUACAGCGCGUGGGCCGAUUUUGACAGUGAAGAAGCUGUUGGUGAAAUCGAUUUGUCGCUGUCCAAGCGAAAGGAUUUGAUCAUUGUAGAGGCCCGCAGAAUUGUUUCGUUAGAGCUCAAUCGUCGCAACCAAGGCUUGGGACGCCUCUCAAACAGCCUUGAUCUGCAGAGACAGAGCGAAUCGAGAUUUGAUGACCAAUUGGCGAGAGACAGCGACCAAACGUUUGGUGGAGCUUUGACAAACCGCAUUGAUGCUUUCCAUGACGACGCUAAUUUCAUGCCUUCACCGUAUUUUGGAAGCGAUGUGUGGAACAAACUAGGUGGUACCCUCAAUGGUAUCAAAAAUGCAGUGCUGACUCGUUUCGGUAGGAGAGAACCAUCGUAUCGCGAUGACCCGAUUGAUUCAUAUGAGUAUGAUGAUGAUGCAAAUGAAAAUUUGAUCAUAUAG